UUAGGAGGAGUGGGAGGGAUCUGUGUCUCUCUUUAGACACUUGGCAGGAAGCAGCAGCAUAUGCUGAUAUGAAAGAAAAACUAUUUGAGUGUGUUUGUAACAGUUUUGUCCUCUCCUCCCACUUCACCCCUGAAAUGAGUGGAGGACAGUAAGAAAACUAGCAGAGCUUUACUACUGCUGCUAUGCUCAAUUCUUGUCAGGACCUGUAUUGCCGGAGAGGAGGGAAGGCAAGGUGUUGUGUAUGUAAUUUGGUUCUUUCUCACUGGUACUAUGAAAGAGAUGGACAAUUCUUCUGUAAGAAAGAUUACUGGUCACGAUUUGGGGAGCAAUGCCACGGCUGCUCAGAGUCUAUCACCACCGGUCUCAUUAUGGUGGCUGGGAAGCAUAAAUACCAUCCCGAGUGUUUUCUCUGUGAAAGCUGUGGCAUGGUUAUUGGAGAUGGUGAUUCUUUCACUCUAGUGGAUUAUGCCAAUUUAUACUGCGGACAAUGUGGAUACCAGAAGGUGUCAAUGCAACACUCAGCAGCAAAAUGUUCACGGCUUUCUCACACAGUGACAUCGAUGUCAUUUCCUCCUUCUGCAGAAAGCAGGCGAGGUUUAUCCUUCACAGUGGAGCAGAAGGACACAGGCCCUUUGAUCACUGUAUCUCAACUGGACAUGCACAACCUGAGCCCUGAAGUUAAGCCUUUGAUCCAUGUUGGAGACAGGAUUCUUGAGAUCAAUGGAAUUUCUGUCCAGAACAUUCCACUCAAUGAGAUGGAUCUGGUGAUUCAUGAUACAGAGCACUGGUUACAAAUCACAAUUGAACAUGAUCCUAAAGAACUCGCAAAACAUGAAGACUUAUCUGGCCUACUGGGAGAAGAACUGGACCAGCCUGGAAAACUAGGUUUCUUUCCCCUUCCCUGGAACAGUCGAAUAAUCCCUAGAUCCAGAAAUAUUCUGCGCAGCUGCAGUAUUGAUAAAGCUCCGUGCUCGCAACGGCACGCUGCACUUCUUUCCCAUAGAAGAGACAUUAAUCGAUCAGAGUCUCUGCGUUUUGACGCCACUGACAAAACACAACGUAUCUUCCGACCCUCUGACCUAAUAUAUGGGGAAGUGUUGGGAAAAGGUUGUUUUGGACAAGCCAUAAAGGUGACGCAUUCGGAAACAGGUGAGGUCAUGGUGAUUAAGGAACUUCUUCAAUUCGAUGAAGAGACUGAGAAGACAUUCCGGAAAGAGGUCAAAGUAAUGAGAUGCCUCGAGCAUCCUAAUGUCUUAAAGUUUAUCGGCAUUCUCUACAAAGACAAACGACUGAACCUGAUCUCUGAGUAUGUGCAAGGAGGAACGCUGAGGGACACUAUUCAGAAAAUGGAUCACCCUUGGAAACUUAGAGUGAGCUAUGCCAAGGACAUUGCCGCUGGAAUGGCUUACCUACAUUCAAUGAAUGUCAUUCAUCGGGAUUUGAACUCGCACAACUGCUUUGUCCGAGAGAACCAAACAGUGGUAGUUGCAGACUUUGGUUUGGCCCAGCUUGUAAAGGAAGAAAAGAGCUCCUCUCCUGGACAAGUGUCCAAACUGAACAAGCUUGGUCGUAAAAAACGGUAUACGGUGGUGGGCAACCCCUAUUGGAUGGCACCAGAAAUGAUCCAAGGAAAAAUCUACGAUGAACAUGUGGACAUUUUCUCAUUUGGGAUUGUUGUUUGUGAGAUUAUCGGAAGAGUAUAUGCCGAUCCGGAUGACCUCCCUCGCACACAGGAGUUUGGACUGAAUGUGAAUGAAUAUUUGGAGCGCUACUGGUCCAAAGAUUGCCCUGUGGCUUUCUUUCCCAUUGCGGUUCUUUGUUGUGCCUUGGAGGCUGAAAAACGUCCCAGUUUUGCUAAAUUAGAGGAGUGGCUGGAGAAUCUAAUGAUGCACAUGGAGAUUAGACUUCCUCUGAUGUCAGAACUAGAUCAAAUCCGCCAAGCGUUUUGGGAGAACCACAGCCAGUCAAAACAAACUUAUGGGAUUCCUUCGAAACAGAUGGAGAAUUCAGCUUUAGGCCGAAGCUGAGACUUCAUGUGAUCUGUGGGCAGUUGCAUAAAAGACUAGUUGUACAAGUUAGUCUGAACGUUACAAAUUUUUUUUUUAAGUCUAUUACAUUAAAACCUAGAUUUUUUAAAUUUA